CUUGGUGCUGAGGAAAGCGGGCUCAGGAAGGGGGUGGCCCUCGGGAAGAGGCACUCCUUGUGUUUUUGCAGCCUAGGAACCUUGCUGAUGGAGGCGAUGUGGUGACGUGGAAAGAACUCUGCACUUGGAGUCAGAGUGCUUGGGCUAGUCCUGGUGCUACCUGGAUUUCUGGUAGGUCCUAUUUUAGGACGACAUGCCGUGCUGUUGAAACACCGAUCUGGUUUGAUUUACAGACACUUGGCUUUUUAGCUGGGAAGCCCUUUUUUUGCCGGCUUACUGAACUUAUGAAAGCAUGGCAGAAGGAGAUACAGAGUCACCUGGGUCCAAAAAAUGUGGCCCCUAUAUUUCAUCUGUCACUAGCCGGAGUGUGAACUUGAUGAUCCGAGGAGUAGUGUUGUUUUUCAUUGGAGUAUUUCUUGCAUUAGUGUUAAAUUUACUUCAGAUUCAGAGAAAUGUGACGCUCUUUCCACCUGACGUGAUUGCAAGCAUCUUUUCUUCAGCAUGGUGGGUACCCCCGUGCUGUGGCACAGCUUCAGCUGUGAUUGGGUUAUUAUACCCCUGCAUUGACAGGCAUCUAGGAGAACCACAUAAAUUUAAAAGAGAGUGGUCCAGUGUAAUGCGGUGUGUAGCCGUCUUUGUUGGUAUAAAUCAUGCCAGCGCUAAAGUGGAUUUUGAUAACAACAUACAGUUGUCUCUCACACUGGCUGCACUAUCCAUUGGACUGUGGUGGACUUUUGAUAGAUCUCGAAGUGGUUUUGGCCUUGGGGUAGGAAUUGCUUUCUUGGCAACCUUGGUCACUCAACUGCUGGUCUAUAAUGGUGUUUAUCAAUAUACAUCUCCAGAUUUUCUCUAUGUUCGUUCUUGGUUACCAUGUAUAUUUUUUGCUGGUGGCAUAACGAUGGGAAACAUUGGUCGACAACUGGCAAUGUAUGAAUGUAAAGUUAUUGCAGAAAAAUCUCAUCAGGAAUGAAGAAGGCAAAAAUAUAUCUUUUGUACAGAAAAACAAGAUGAAAAGGACAUGUAAAUGAUUUAUACCAACAAAACUUAGGACUGUAAAAUUGCCAGGAUGUUGUUUUUCCCUUGAUUGGAGUAUGUGUGUAUAUGUAUAUACAUAUAUAUACAUAUACACACAUAUGCACAUAUAUUACUGCAAUCUGUGAUUGCUUCGUCUGUAAGUCAGUUACAAACCUUUAUGUAUUUGACUUAAAUAACUGUAAAAUAUAUAUGCAUUACGUUAAAAAACAUGUUGAUUAAUAGAUGAAAUUUUUAAUUUUUUAAACAUACCAUAUAUUGUAUCACAAUGUUGAUGUGCCAAAAUAUUCUGUUAUUGUCAUGCAGAGUAUAAGAAUGAACAAUUUAUAAACUUAGUGGAAUAAAAUAAGAGGAAAGCCAAAAAAAAAAGCAAAUG